ACAAACUGAUAAGAUGAGUGUGUGGAAAAAAGCACGCAACCAAUCAAAUGCAGAUGUUGCCCAAGUCAUUGAGGAAUAUGACAAGAAAUUGCUAAUGGAACCUGAGGACCAGCGAGAACUUAGGGCUGUAAAAGAUCGAAUAUUCCAUGAAUUGCUUGGGGAAGAUGGUCAUGGUUAUUGUCGUACCUAUGGUUCUACUGUGCCUCGCAGUUUGGUGUAUCCACAGGAAUCAAUGCCUUCUCAUAACACCAAUGACCUCAUACAGAAAAUAACUGAAGAGGUUACAGAGAAAGUGAAAGAGGCUUUCACAAGGAAGAUGCAGGACCAAUUAGAUAUGCUUCAAGCUCGGAUUAACUUUUUAGAGAGCAAUGAGGGGCAAAACAGAAAUCCAUGUGGACAGGUUCAAGAUGCAACUAGUGGCCAUGAAGUUAGAAGGGAGUCCAUAGGAGAAGGAGUUCAUCCACAUUCAACUAGUAAUCAAGAAAUUGAUCAUGCUCCAGUACUCACCAAGCCCCUCUAGUUAAUGAUAACUAGUAUUGUGGUCAAG